AUCCCAUCGGUGAAUCCAAUCCGUUAAAGCAGUUAGAGGCUUCUAUUAAGUCACUUAUCUAUCUCCCCACCAAAACCAAAACCACAACAACAUCAACAAUUCUCUCAGCUUCAGCUUAAUCUAAUGGCCUUGCCAACACCACAAACACAAAGAUUCCUCUUGAACAAGCUCCAUGGCCGCUCCACCUCUAAGAACACACACAGAAACAGCUUUGCCAAUACGAGCAGAAGCAGGUGCUGCUCUGCCAUAGCCAUUGAUGCUCCAUCUUCUUUCACUGAGGUGCCCGGUAUAAGAUGGGGAUCCAUUGCUUUGCAGGGUCUCCGUGAAGAGAUGGAAGAUGAUGUUAUUGUUCGAAAUGAUGCGCUUCAUGGCUUCUCUUUUGCUGCUGUCUUUGAUGGCCAUGGAGGCUAUUCUUCGGUCCAGUUCCUCAGUGCCAACCACAGGGAUGAGCUGUACAAGGAGUGUCUUGAAGCUUUACAAGGAGGGUUACUGUUAGUUGAGAAAGAUUUCAGAGCCAUUGAAGGAGCAUUACAGGAGGCAUUUGUCAAAGCUGACAUGAGGUUGCUAAAGUGGCUUGAAAUGAAAGGAGAGGAAGAACAAUCAGGUGCUACAGCAACUGCAAUAUUCAUAGGAGAUGAUAAGAUGCUAAUUUCACAUAUUGGUGACUCAUCUGUUGUUCUAAGCAGAUCUGGAAAAGCAGAGGUGCUGACUAGUCCUCACCGACCAUAUGGGAGCAACAAGACUUCUCUAGAAGAAAUUAAAAGAAUCAGAGAAGCAGGUGGAUGGAUUGUCAAUGGUAGAAUCUGUGGAGACAUUGCUGUAUCUCGUGCAUUUGGGGACAUACGAUUCAAAACAAAGAAGAAUGAGAUGCUGCAAAAAGGAGUUCAGGAAGGAAGAUGGUCAGCAAAGUUUAUUUCUCGUGUACAGCUCAACAAUGACUUGGUUGUUGCAUACCCUGAUAUUUCUCAAGUAGCUCUUGGCUCAGAUGCAGAAUUUAUAGUAUUAGCAUCUGAUGGCUUAUGGGAUUACAUGAGCAGCUCAGAAGCAGUUUCUUUAGUGAGGGAUCAACUACGAAAACACGGAAACAUUCAGUUAGCUUGUGAAGCGCUUGCGCAAGCUGCUUUGGACCGACGUACGCACGAUAAUGUUAGCAUUGCAAUUGCUGAUUUAGGGCGUACAGACUGGCAGAAUUUACCACAGCAGCGACAAAAUGUUAUAUUGGAGAUGGUCCAAGCUCUUGCCACCAUUGGAAUUGUGUCUAUUGGAAUCUGGAGCUUUGAACAGUGGUCCACAAUGACCAAGAUUUAAUUAGACUAUCUAAAAAGGCAAUAGACUCCUUCAAGUACACUGAUAAAAGUGAACACUUUAGGCAUGUUUUAUAUUUAUUAAUUAUUAUGCAAAAUAUCUUUUACAUAUUAUGUAUUUUUUUUUAACAUUUACAAUAUUGCACAAAAUAAGAAAUUAU